AUGAGACAGGUUGCCAAAAUUCUACAGUUUGCCGUGCUGGUUGCUGGCACAACCGAUUCGCUCAGUCCGCAUCCAUCACCACAUUUCAAGACGUUUUGCGGCCCAACGCCGCCGCAGCUGGAGACGUGGCACAGCAAGCAGCCUUGCGACGAUGGGCUCUUAUUUGUAGCGUCGGGAGUGGCGGCCAGCGCCGCAACGGCAAACAAGAAAGCCGACGUGGAGGGGCCGGCCAUUUUUCGAACAAACGGCGACCUGGUGUGGACGCAGAGCGGCUGGGGCCGGACGAGCGACUUGAAGGUACAAAUGGUGGGCGACCGGAGCUACAUUACAUUUUGGCAUUACGAAAGCAGUCGCGAUGAUCGCGGCGGAUCAUACGUCGUUCUGAACCAAUCCUACGGAGUGAUCAGGGAGCUAAGGCCGGUCGGCGAGGCCCCGUCCAGGCCGGUCGAGCUCAAGCUCACAGACAACGGGACGGCGAUUAUGAUGAUGCACAGGAUCACGCAGGUAGACAAGCCCUUCAGAGGCCUACAGAGUGGGUGGAUCAACGACGCAAUCAUACAGGAGGUCGAUAUGGCAUCGAACGAGCUCAUUUUCGAAUGGAGGGCUUCGCAGCACUUUGACGUCGAGACGAGCCAAGCCGAUAUCAAGAACCAGGGCCGCACCGCCGAAACGGCGUUUGACUUUUUCCACGCGACGGGCAUCGAUAUCGACCACAACGGCAACUACGUCAUUUCAUCACAGAACAUGUGCAACGCCGCAGCGCUGCACCGCACCGACGGACACAUGCUCUGGGUGCUUGGCGGCGCGCUCAACUCGUUUGAGGACAUUGCUACGGGGCAAACUGUUGCCAUGAUCUCCAGUCAGGGGAUCCAGUGGCACGGCGACUCGACGCUGCUGCUACUGGACGGCGGCUACGUGCCCCACGUCGAGGGCCAGGCGGGGCGACGGAGCAACGCGCGAAUGAUCCAUCUCAACACGACGACCAACACGGCCGUCCUGCUGCGCACGUACAGCACACCUGCCGCCGUGGCAUCGCGCCAUUCCAAGGGCGGCCUGCAGCGGCUGCGCAGCGGACACGUCUUUGUGGGUUGGGGCGACGGCGACCCGUCGGCAGUCGCGUACACGGAGUAUUCACGGAGCGGCCGGCCUCUGUGCACCGCACGCUUCCGGAAGCCCUCUGCACCAUUAUUCGCCGGGUAUACGAAGACGAGCAGCGGCGGCAGCCGCGGGCGAGUCAUUUCCAAGUACGCGUGGACAGGCACGCCGGCGGCGCAGCCCGCCAUGGUGGUGCGCCCGCAGGAGAGCGCACUGUACGUGAGCUGGAACGGCGACACGCAGACGACGGCGUGGGUGCUGCGCAGCAACAACACGGAACGCGGCGACGGCAGCCUGGGGGCGCGCCGCGUGGUUGAGAAGACAGGGUUCGAGACGCGCAUAUUGAUCCCGCGCGACGUCGGCGAGGUCAUGGAGAUUAUCGGCGUCGAUGGGGAUGGCAAGGAGCUGGUGCGUUCUGAGCUGAUCUGGAGCGAGGGCGCGAGCGGUACAUGGUCGACGCAGCGGGUGGUGCCUGAGGAGCACCUGGCCGCCGCCCAGGACAAGGACGCAUCGCCACCGUGGCCGCUGCCGUGGCACAAGCACACGCUGUCGAGACGGCGCUGUCAGUUGAUGCUGGCGCUAUCCGGCGUUGGAUUGAUGAUGUCGACCUUUUUGUGGUGUCGGUGGACUGCGAAGCAGCGGCGGAAGAAGUCGAUGCAGGACGGAGGAUCGUGGUGCCAGCAGCAAACGGUGCUGAGCGGGGAGAAGAGUAUGGCCUGA